UCGCUCGUGGUACAUUUUUAUUUGAACCAUAUGAUGGACGUCAUGACCAGGUGGUCCACCUGGAGCGGCGUUCAUCAUAAACUCAAAUUCUAUUCCCGUACUUACACCAAUUGAUUAUCAAACACAUGUUGACGCCUCAUUGUCAUUGAUUGAUUCACGUGCAAGCAUGGGAACUUCUGAUUAGAUCCAUCAUGGACUACGCAUCGGCCACGGUCCCGUCUGCAAGUCAGUGGGGAUCUCCUACUGCAACCAGGAAAGCGCUUCUUAUACAUGGUGGAAAUUCGUCUUCGCACACGUUCCACCGUGUCGCAUCGAUGCUUGCAGCCAAAGGAUAUUUGGUCGUUGCCCCUAACCUUCUUGGACAUGCUCUCAGGAUGCCUGGGGUUGACUUUAAAGUCCAGACAUUGGCAGACGACCUUUUGCCUUACCUUCAGGCUGCAGAGUAUGAUAUAGUCAUCGGCCACUCAAUGGGCGGUGAGGUGGUAUUAUCGCUUCUCAAGUACCUGUCGAAAACCAGGCCUAUCUCCGUAGUUCUCAUCGAUUCAUCAGUGGAGGUGACGGCAGAGCAGAUGGCGGUUCGGAGAGUCAAGGUUUCUAACGAUGCCCGAGCCAAACUUAACCUCAUGGUAGAAGAUUAUAUGGCAAUGAAUCCUCUUUGGACGAGAGAGGAUGCUAUUUGGAGAACGUUGGGGAUCCAGAUCGGUAGGCCGACCAACUACGACGAUCACACGGAUGGCAACGUGCCAUGGUCAUUCUCGCAUUUGGUCGCCGACAGACCUGCUGCUGCAUCAUUGACGAUUUUGAUUGCAGAUCCGCUAUCUGAUGGUAUUUCGAAGCUGGAGACUGUCGCAAAAUUCAAGGACGUCAGAGCAGUAAUUGUUCCAAAUGCCUCACACUGGAUACAGUAUGAAUUCCCGGAAGUGAUUGUUGAAGAGGCUCUAAGGAACAUCGAAGAAUAAGACAUUGGGCAG